AUGGAGGCUGAUUUCGUGUGUGCAAAGGGUGACCCUGUUAUGACCACCAACCUGAAACAGCUAGAGUGGAGUGCAGCCGGCAACUACACUCAUGCGAUAUUCUAUUUGUUUGUUCCCAUUCUUGAUAGGGCCUGUGCAAUGAGGGUGGUUGACUCUGAAGACAACCGUUCCUAUUUUAUCCACACCGUCUCUCGAUACGACACUCUGGGGAAGGAUUGGCAUGUUGUUACAACGUCUGAUACGAGGGAGGUCCGAUGCACGUGCAUGAGAAUGGAAUGUUUGGGGGUCCCCUGUGAACAUAUAAUUGCGGUGCUUGUUCUUAACAAUGUUCAUGAGAUCCCAAGGUCUCUGAUAUUACCGAGAUGGACCAAGGAUGCAAAACUUGUGGUGGUGCAGUCGAUGAGCAUGAUUUGGGAUUCUGUACAAUUGACGCAACACUGGUGCCUGAUGGAUUGGUACCAGAAAGUGUGUAAGAUUGCAUGUCACAGCACCCAAAAGUUCCAGUUUGCAAGAGACAUUGCCGUGCUGAUGCUGAAGCACUUCGUGAACAAAGAUGCAGGGGACACCAGUUUUCCACCCGAGGGGCCACCUACUGAGAGUGGCAGACCCCCGGCGUAG